UAAAUUGCCCUUUUUAUACACGGAAAUGACUACUGUCAACAUGCCGACACAUGUGUGGCAUGCUUGAAAUAAAUGAAUGUACUCUUUCUGUGAUGUUUAUGAUCAUUUAAAUAAUAACAAAUAUAGAGAACAACUACCAACAUGAAGUUUGCUUACAGGUUUUCCAAUUUGUUGGGAGCUGUGUAUCGUCGUGGGAAUCUGAGUUUCUCCAAGGAUGGCAACUCUGUGAUAAGUCCGGUGGGAAACCGCAUCUCCGUCUUUGAUCUAAAAAACAACAAGUCAGAGACACUGCCAGUGUCCACUGCCAAGAACAUCACCUGUGUCGGCCUCUCCCCCGAUGGGAACCUGGCUAUACUGGUGGAUGAAGAUGGAGCCGCGUUGCUGAUCAGCCUGAUCACAAGGGCUGUUCUCCAUCACUUCCACUUCCACAAGCCUGUGGCCAGUAUCCGCUUCUCUCCUGAUGGCAGGAAGUUUGUGGUAACCAAGGAGAAUGUAGCGUUGAUGUACCACGCUCCCGGGAGGAACCGGGAGUUCAAUGCCUUUGUCUUGGACAAGAGCUACUACGGACCCUACGAUGAGACCACCUGCAUCGACUGGACCGACGACUCCAAGUGCUUUGUGGUGGGCAGCAAAGACAUGUCUACCUGGGUGUUUGGAGCCGAGCGCUGGUCCAACCUCAUCUACUACUCUCUGGGGGGACACAAGGACAUCAUGGUGGGCUGCUUCUUCGAGAAGGACAGUUUAGAUUUGUACACAGUGAGCCAGGACGGGACGCUGUGUGUGUGGGAGAGUGAUACGGAGCUGGACGGGCUGGUUCUGAGAAAGACCAGGCUACCAGUGGAGAGAGGAGAGGAGGAGGAGAGAGGAGAAGGAGAGGAGGAAGAGCCCAGAGGAGAGGUGAUCAGAGGGAAAGGAGAAAGACCCAAGGAGAAGGAGGGAACCAAGAACGUCAGAUACAAACAGAGGAGCAAACACUUCUUUAACAAGGAGGGUGACUUCAACAACCUGACGGCUGCAGCGUUCCACAAGCCCACACACAUCCUGGUGACUGGGUUCGCCUCGGGGAUCUUCCAUCUCCACGAACUGCCCGAGUUCAACCUCAUCCACUCCCUAAGUAUCUCAGACCAGAGGAUCGCCACAGUGUCAAUGAACAGCUCUGGCGACUGGAUAGGCUUUGGCUGCUCAGGUCUGGGCCAGCUGCUGGUGUGGGAGUGGCAGAGUGAAUCCUACGUGUUCAAACAGCAGGGACACUUCAACAACAUGGCCGCCCUGGCUUACUCCCCCGACGGACAGUACAUCGCUACAGGAGGGGAUGAUGGGAAAGUGAAAGUGUGGAACAUGACCAGCGGCUUGUGCUUCGUCACGUUCACAGAACACACCAGCUCUGUCACUAACGUCACCUUCACCUCCAGAGGCUUUGUCAUCGUCAGCGCCUCCCUGGAUGGAACGGUCCGAGCCUUCGACCUGCACAGGUACCGUAACUUCCGGACGUUCACGUCUCCGCGGCCGGCCCAAUUCUCGUCUCUGGCGGUGGACCCGAGCGGGGACCUGGUGAGCGCUGGGGCCCAGGACUCCUUCGAGGUCUUCAUCUGGUCCAUGCAAACUGGACGCCUGCUAGAGGUCCUGGGGGGCCACGAGGGCCCGGUGAGCUGUCUGUGUUUCAGCCCGGUGCAGUCCAUCCUGGCCAGUGCAUCAUGGGACAAGACGGUCCGCCUCUGGGACAUGAUGGACAGCUGGCAGACCAAAGAGACGCUCCGUCUCACCUCUGAUGGCCUGGCGGUGUCGUACCGGCCGGAUGGUCAGGAGCUGGCCGUGGCCACGCUGGACGGAGAGAUCUCCUUCUGGAGCCCCCAGUCAGCCAAUCAGACAGGCUCGGUCAGCGGACGCCACGACCUGAAGAUGGGACGCAAGGAGACCGAGAAGAUCACCUCCAAACAGUCCGCCAAGGGCAAGUCCUUCACAUCGCUGUGCUACUCUGCAGACGGGGAGUCCAUCCUGGCUGGAGGCCAGUCCAAGUUUGUCUGCAUCUACAACAUCAGAGAACAGAUCCUCAUGAAGAAGUUUGAGAUCUCCUGCAACCUGUCCCUGGACGCCAUGGAGGAGUUCUUGGACCGGAGGAAAAUGACAGAGUUUGGGAGUCUGGCACUGGUGGAUGAGGGGGUGGGCGAUGGUGACGGGGUAGAGCUCAGUCUGCCAGGGGUUAGGAAAGGAGACAUGAGCUCUCGCCAUUUCAAGCCUGAAAUCAGAGUGAGCGCUCUCCGCUUCUCUCCUACUGAGAAACUGUCAUCAUCAGCCCUGGAGCGAUGUGGUCACCUGCAGUUCUACCUGAGCUGGUCCCAGUCUCUCCUCACGCAGCAUGGACAGAAACUCAAAACCAGGUCUGGAGCUGUUCUCCCCACCAUUCAGUCACUGCAGAAGAGUAUUCAAAAACACUUUGAGGACCUCUCUAAACUUUGUGACUGGAACAUGUACACCAUCCGCUACGCAGUCGCCCUGUCCAAGCAGAAGGGUGUGAAGAGGACAGCGGGGGACGCUCUCUGUGACAAGGACGAGAGCGAGGACUCUGAGGUGAUGAGCGAGGCCUCUCUGGAGGAGACAGACAUGCUCAUGUAGGAUGCAGUCACAACCUCUUGAGUGGUGGACCUCCCUUCAUCCACUCUGUCCUGAAUAACCAUUGAGUGGUAUGAAGCAGACCCACUGCAGUUCUUCUACAUCUAACCACUGAUCAAGGAGAGGAAGCCACUCAAGAGUACGGUGAUGCAGCUUCAACAAGGUUCUGUUCCAAUAUCCACGCUAGCAUACCACUGCUACAUUCCAAUGAAGCAAUGUAUUGGGCAAGCAUUUUAAGUACUGUAGUAUGCUAGGAUGAGCAUCGGAAUGUAGCCAAGAGACACUGACCUCAUCACACAGGGCCUCUCCCAGUGCCUUCUGGGAAAUCAAGAUGGCCACCAAUAGGCCAAAGGAGGAGGACUGUGGCAGACCACAAAGGAUUAACCUGUGCUAGUGAAAAUCUGUUUAUUUACAAUAAAGUAGAUGUAGUAAACCGUUUGAAAAAUGACUGAUGAAUAGUUGUGUUAGUUACCUGGAUCACCACCAGCUCCUGUGAUUUAAAUAGUGAUGGGGAAAAUGUAUACAGUUAAGGACCACAAUAUUAUUUUGGAUACCAAGUAUCAGUUCUAUAUUUGUCAUCUUAUAGAAUUACAAGUGAUACUAAAAUAAACAAUUUUAUUUCCUUUUCA